AUGGAUCACUUAGGGGGGCACCACCUCCACCAGAGCCACGCCGAGCCCAUUAGCUUUGGAAUCGACCAGAUCCUGAAUAACCCGGACCAAGGCAGCUGCAUGAUCUCCAAUGCGCGGCUGCAGGACGCGGCGGACUACGGCCUGGGAGGAUGCGUGGUGAGCAGUGCCUACAACCCCAUGAGUGGCCACUACGGCUCGGCCCCCGGCGGUGGAGGGUCCUCCUCCGCCGGGGGCUACAGCAACGGCGGCGCCUGCAGCAUGGCUUCGCUGGCGGGCUCCUACAACCUCAACGUCGGAGUCGGGGCCAUGAACGGAAAUAACCUCAACGCGGCCGGGGGCGUGAUCCGAGUGCCGGCACACAGACCCAUGGCCGGCGGCGUCCCCCAGCCACUCCCCACUGCCGUGCCCACCGUGAACAACCUGACGGGGCUGACCUUCCCCUGGAUGGAGAGCAACAGGCGCUACACCAAGGACCGCUUCACGGGUCACCCCUACCAGAACCGGACGCCCCCCAAGAAGAAGAAACCACGCACCUCUUUCACCCGUCUGCAGAUCUGUGAACUGGAAAAGCGCUUCCACCGACAGAAGUACCUGGCCUCAGCUGAGAGGGCGGCUUUAGCCAAGGCUCUGAAAAUGACUGAUGCCCAAGUCAAGACCUGGUUCCAGAACCGGAGAACAAAAUGGAGGCGGCAAACUGCAGAAGAACGGGAAGCAGAGCGGCAGCAAGCCAAUCGCAUCCUCAUGCAGCUCCAGCAAGAGGCCUUCCAAAAAACCAUCAAUCAGCCCAUCCAAGCAGACCCAAUCUGUGUUCACAAUUCCUCCCUCUUUGCCCUCCAGAACCUUCAGCCAUGGUCAGAUGACACUUCCAAGAUCACCAGCGUUACUUCUGUGGCCUCUUCCUGUGAGUGAAAUCUUAACUUUGCCUAUGCAUGGACUCUUGAUUACAGAGUGGCUGGCCUUAUUCAGCAUCAUCCAUAGAAGACACGGUUACCUAUGAAUGAGCCAGUGGCAGCAACCAGACAAUGUCCCCUUGCUUGCCAAAGCUCUGAAAGGUCAUACAGUGCUGGUCUAGUGGAGUGUUCUAAUAAAAGGCAACAAUUUCCUUCUUUGUUUUUCAUCGUCAUCACCAUCACUAUCACCGUCUUCUUGAAAAGGGUGAUAUUGGAACAUCCGAAAACUCUUUUGGAGAGAAAACAACCCAAGGUUCUUCCUUUGAGCCAUUUUCAAGAAACAACUGCUAUAUCAUUUUAUCUGCUGACAAGACAGGAGUUGUUCUCCCAUGUAAGUAUUACAGGCUGAUCAUUUUAAGAAAAACCACAAUUGCAAUCUGAAUGAAGAAUAAGAACCUUUUUUUAACAAGAACUGCAUCUCAUGCUGGUGCCCUUUUCUUAAAAGACAUUUAGAUUUUACAAAUAAAAUAAAAUCUCGCACCUUUUUCUUUUGUCUUUUCCAAGAUGAACUCUGGGUUUUUCUUGCUUUAUUUCUUUUUGUUCUGUUGAAGGAAUAUUGAUACUAGAAUGACUGAGAAAUGCAAAGCUUGCCUCAUAAACUCUUGUGUGAAGGCUGAAAUCAGUUUCACAGCUACCCACAAACUCUGCAUUGAUCAACUUAUAUUUUAAUAACUCUGAGGCAUCUGUGGCAUUUUGCAGGGGUAAUGCAGUUUUACUUGAUAGAUUAUUUUGGUAUUGUUGAUGAUAUUGUUCAAUAUUUUAUUUACUUUUGCUCAAGAAGUCAGCUCCACAAAAGAGGAGAUGUGAAUCAAACAGAACAUCCUUUUCUUUCUAUUUCUUGACCAGUAAUUUCAUGGUUUUCUUUUUAUUGUAUUGAGAAAAAGCUUGUGAUUAAUUUAAGCACUUCUUACAGCAAAUUCCAAGAAGAUACAAAAUAUCUAAAAUAUAUAGGGGUUUUUUUGAGUUACUUUUUAACCUAGGCAUCAUUUAUAUUUAAAAAGAGAUGGUACACACAGCCGAUUUAUCAAAAAGAAAUAUUUUAGUGAGUUUCUGAGAUGCAUUCUUUGGUUUGUUUUAAGUUAUGCACUUAUAAGAAGGUUUCUCUUUUGUGUAAUCAUUUUCUAAAGUGUUUGUGUAAUUUAUGUGGAAAAAUGAAUAAAAGGGCAAAGUAUUAGUCUCAA